UUUUAAGAAAUCUUACCAACUGUUGUAUGUAACCAUCAUCUUAUUUGGAAUAUUUUCAUAUUUAAUUCAAUUUCGACCUCGAUUGCAGCCAAAAACUAGGAAGAUCAUUUUUCGCCGAAGUUUUUGGGCCAAAUUUCGCACAUUCAUCUUAGAUUUUGAUUUCUCAGGUGCAUUAUUGAAUAUAUUGAACAAAAAUGGUCUGUAUAAUAAAUCUCAAAAACUUUUUUAAUAUUUCAUUAUAAAAUGAUAACGCGCAGUCCUACAUUGAGUUCGAUUCAAUGCGUGAUACACAAAUGAUACUGGAAUAUAAAGGAGUGUCUCGAAUUGGAAGAAAAAACAAGGAGUGGUAGCCUUCAUGUGCACCCUUAAUCAGUCAUCAUUUUGCCACGGUAAACGAAGCAUGGCUACUUUUAGGGCGAAUCCACACGAUGAAAAUGAACCCUGGCUGGAAAAAGCAGCUUUAGAUGGUUAUGGAUUCAGAGUUUGGCACCUCAUGUUUUUCGCGGUGACAGGAUUCUUUUCAAUUCUGAUAUUCUUAGCUUUUUGCAUUAAAAUCAGAAUACCUAGAACCAAACAGGACAUCGAAGCAGAUUAUCAUAGAAAGAAACUUGCCGAAAAAUUCAUCGAACGCCUACGCCUAAUUGAGAAUCAAGAAAUGGAUACAUUGGAUCUUAAACGAGCCUUAGACAUUAUACAGAAGGAUUAUUUGGAAAACCAGGAAAAUAUAAACCUGAAAUAUGGAGUUUCGAAUUCCCAAUCCUCAGAUAAUUCUACCAGAGAACUCAAUCAAAACGACUUGCCUACUCCUCCUCAGACAAUUACGGCAAGGAAGAUUCAGAAAAUGUAGUAAAAAUACUUACCAAUGAAUUAAAGUUGUUAAGUAAAUGUUCAUAUUGUUCAUAUCUGAAUAAAAAAAAUAUAUUGG